AUGGAGUUCAUCCUGGGAGGCUUCUCGUCCUGCAGUGCAGUCCUGUUCACAUUUCCCUUCGACGUGCUGAAGACUCGUCAACAGCUGGAGCAUGAAUUGUUGUCUAAGAAUAGCACACACCAAAGCGCAUACCGUGGCCUGCGACAGUCGAUCGUGUCGGUGAUCAAAUCCGAUGGUGUGUUUGGCUUGUACAAGGGUCUACCAGCCGGAAUUUUGUAUCAGUUUUCGAUGAACAGCGUUCGUUUGGGCACCUAUCAGACGGUGGACAAUCUCGGAUGGACUCGUAGCGAGAAUGCCGUGCUAACCCCGUUCCUAGCUGUGUUUUGGGGAGGUGUCGCUGGAAUAGUAGGUGCGACGGCAUCUUGUCCUGUUGCUGUCGUGAAGACACAAUUGCAAGCAUUCAGUAGUGGAAAAUAUACGGCCAAGUUUCAACAUCAACAUGAUGGAAUGAUCGAUGCAUUUCGAAAUAUGUACCGCGAGGCAGGAAUCAGAGGAUUGUACAGAGGCUACACUGCUCACCUAACGCGGGUAUCCUUGGGAUCAUCCGUUCAGAUGACGUCGUUUGCCAUGAGCAAGGAUUUCUUCGCACAGUAUGAGAUGUUCCAGCAGUCGGUUGUACUGAAUGCCUUAGCUGCCAGUUCGGUUGCCGGAUUCUUCAUGUGUGUUCUGAUGUCUCCAGUUGAUGUCGUCACCACCAGGAUGACCAACCAAGGCGUUUCGUCUUCCGGAAAAGGGUUGUUGUACAAAAACAUCUUUGAUUGUUUUGUGAAAAUCUACCGAUCGGAAGGCAUUCAUGGGAUGUACAAGGGCAUUGCUCCGCUGUAUAUGCGAGUGGUUCCACAUACGGUGCUCAACCUGACAUUUUGGGAGUUCUUCAAAAAUUUGCAUGAUCAAUAUUCCAACAAUUAA